UUGUUUCCGACUCCAGACUGUAUGAGGUUGCUGGGAGAUAGUGGAUUCUGCUUCUUAGUGAGAUUGUCAGUAGAGCCCUCUUGCUGUCGCAAGGGCGGAGGGGUGUGGUGCAUGGUCCUCCGAGUCCUAGUCGGUGUGCUGAGGAGAGACUGACUGGAGAUUAGGGAGUUCUCUGCGGAGGGCCCCGCGCUCCACUUCCGGUGGUGCAUAUGAACUCUUUUGGAACCUGCAGGCAUGCGGGUGCCUGUGGUUGAGGCUUUUCUGUUCCUGCAGCAGCGGUGCUGAGCGAAGUGGGAGCUUUGAAAAAUUAAAUAGUACUUCCUAGACCCAUCAAGAAGGAGAAUGUCUGUGACACUGCAUACAGACGUGGGGGAUAUCAAGAUAGAAGUCUUCUGUGAGAGGACACCCAAAACAUGUGAGAAUUUCUUGGCUCUUUGUGCCAGUAAUUACUACAACGGCUGUGUGUUUCAUAGAAAUAUCAAGGGCUUCAUGGUUCAAACAGGAGAUCCAACAGGUACUGGAAGAGGAGGUAGCAGUAUAUGGGGCAAGAAGUUUGAGGAUGAAUACAGUGAAUAUCUGAAGCACAGUGUUCGAGGUGUUGUAUCUAUGGCUAAUAAUGGCCCAAAUACCAAUGGAUCUCAGUUCUUCAUCACCUAUGGCAAGCAGCCGCACUUGGACAUGAAAUAUACAGUGUUUGGGAAGGUAAUAGAUGGUCUGGAGACUUUGGAUGAAUUGGAGAAGUUACCAGUAAAUGAGAAGACAUACAGACCUCUUAAUGAUGUACACAUUAAGGACAUAACUAUUCAUGCCAACCCAUUUGCUCAGUAGCUGUAACAGACCUGGACAGAUACUUGGCAAACACUUAACUGGAGCACGCCCAUUGUGGUUUAUCCAGUUCUGAUUCUGUCAGAGACUGAUCCUUCUUCUGGUGUUUACAGCAAUGGGCUCCAUGUGGGAGCCCUGCAGCUUCCACUCACGCCCAUCUUGAACAUAUUCUGUGUCCCUGCUGUUGUUCAAUGUUGUUCAACUUUAAAUAGAAAGCAAUGUCGUUUUUUAUUACA